CUUCUUGAUGCGAAUUCAACGAAUGACAAUGAGAUUCUAAUAAGUUAUCUUGCCGCUGUAUCGCGACUAGAUGAACAACCAGAGGAGUUUAUGAAAGCCAUUAGUAUAGCUCGGACUCGAGCGUCCGAUUCUUCAUCAUCGUCAUCGCCGUUUCAUGAUGAGCGUUUCAAACAGAUCUAUACCAUGUUCAAUUGUUUUAGUACAGAUUUUGAUGGUUCAAUGAUCUCUGGUGCUUUACAUGUGGCUGUCAAUGAAAUCAAUGCUAACCCAAAUCUUUUACCCAAUCAUCGUCUAAAUUAUAUUUUUGACAACACGUGUGGUAAAGAACGACAAAGCACACAAUAUUUUAUGGAUCAUUGGAAGAUGGGGGCACGUGUGUUCAUUGGUCCGGAAAUGAACUGUCGAACAGAAGCGACAAUGGCAGCGGCGCAAAAUUUACCUAUUAUAAGUUACAAAUGCAAGGACCAAACUGUUUCUGAUAAGAAAAAAUAUAACACUUUCGCUCGCACAGUUCCAGCCGAAACUGACAUCGUAAAGGCUUUUAUCGCGCUAUGUCGAGAGCAUAACUGGAAGAAGUUCACAAUUAUCUAUGAGGAACAUCCAGCGCAUGAAGAAUUGUAUCAAGCACUUCGGCAAGCAAUUGACGUCGAAAAUGCGCGUAUGGAAUUGGAUGAAAUACGGUAUUCUGUGCAGAACGUGUCAAAAGUGAUCCGCUUUAGCGAGGUGCAAUCGGAGAAGCUCAUCGAUAGUGUUGUGGAACAGACAAAGGACAUUACGAGAUUAUACGUCACAUUUGGUAAUGUGCGAUUGUUUCGAAAAAUUCUCAUGUCAAUGGGCAAGCUGGGUCUUACGGACUCGCAGCAAUAUCUUCUGAUCUACCUCGAUGCCGACUACAAUUGGCUCAAUGUCUACCAUGCGAUGAAUAAUCACUUUUUCCGCAAUACGAUGAUUGAUCUACAAUCUUCGUGGGAUGUCACCAACUCGUCGGAUCAUCGAAUCAUUGGUUAUUCACGUGCUGCGUUGGCAAUAAUCCCAACUCCAGUAGAGCUUAACUCAGAGAGGUUCAAAACAUUUUGGGAGCAAGCAGUGAAAGACCUUGCCAAUUUUGGUAUCACGAAGCAUGAGCACACGUGGUCGAUCAAGGUGAACCGAUUUGCAUGCUAUCUGUACGAUGCGGUGUACCUGUAUGCACGGGCACUACACGAAUUAAUAGAAGAGACGACAGAAAGGCAGGCUCACGGCUACGAUCCGACGAGAGAUGGAGCAGCAAUUAUAAAGAAAGUGUUGAAUCGGAAGUAUUCGAGCAUGCAAGGAUUUGACAUGAGAAUCAAUGAACAUGGAGACGCCAAAGGGAAUUACACUCUAUUAUCGUGGCAAGCGGUGGAGCCAGUAAAAACGAAAGGGGAUGGCAAUUACUACCCCCUUGACCACGCGCUUGACAUUACCGCUAUGUUCGUCGACGGAGGUGAAGGGCAGAAUAAUAUGCCAAAGCUGGUGUUCCACAAGCCAAUCAUGUGGAUUGAUGGACCGACAAGAGAUCAGCCUGAUUGUGGCUUCCAUGGAGAGCUUUGCCGGGAUUAUGGAGGUUACAUAUCAUUCAUUUCGUUUGUUCUCUUUUUCAUCGUUUUGAUUGGUGGAGCGAUCUCGGCAGGAUUUGUCUACAGAAGUCGCAAAUUUGAGAAGGAGUUGGCGAUGAUAUGGAAGAUUGAAGUUCGGGAAGUACAACGACUAAUGCAGGGCAAUGCAUCGACAACAUCACUUUUCCCUGACGGAAAUGAUAUGGGUGACCACACAUGGUACACGGGUCAAGACGCCGAGAAGAAAGGCUCAGGACUUCGAGGUGUAGCUUACUACAAAGGGACCCUUGUUGCGCUGAAAGAAUUGACAUUCUCGCGGAAACCUCGUGAGCUUACAAGGCAGUCGAAGAUCGAAAUGCGGGUCAUGCGCCAGCUGACACAUCCAAACAUCAACAGUUUCAUGGGAAUAAUUGUGUGUCCAUAUUCGAUUUGCAUAGUUCGUGAGUUCUGUGCGAAGGGCUCAUUAAUGGACAUACUGCAAAAUCGCGAAUUCAAGCUGGAUCAUUUGUACAUAGCGUCUUUCGUUGAGGAUCUCAUAAAUGGCAUGGUUUACCUUCACGACUCCGAACUGAAAGUUCACGGAAAUCUGAAAUCAACUAAUUGCUUGAUCACAUCAAGAUGGGCACUACAAGUUGCCGAUUUCGGACAUCAUGAAAUUCGUGAAGGCCGACAGUGGGAGAGCGAAGAGAGUCGGUGGAUGAGUUAUCUUUGGUGCGCUCCAGAGUUGUUGCGGGAGAGCGAAUUGAAGCACUCCGUUAAAGGAACCCAAAAGGGCGACGUCUAUGCGUUUGGAAUCAUUCUGCAUGAAAUUCUAACAAGGCAAGGACCAUUCCAGAUAUUCGCUAAAAGCGAUGCUCAAGUACCUGAGAUUGUCGCUCGUGUAGCUGGAGGAACCUGCAGUCGACCAAAUCUGUCUUGUAUCGAAGGCCAGGACUACGUUACCGAAACAAUGCGUCUGUGUUGGUCAGAAUAUCCGGAGAACCGUCCAGACUUCAAGAAUGGUGUUCGGCACAGAUUGAAGCCAAUGUUUGCUGGAAUCUACAAACGGAAUAUUAUGGACCAUAUGAUGGUGAUGAUGGAGAAGUAUCAAAAUCAGCUGGAAGAUUUGGUUGACGAACGUACCGCUGAGUUGCGUGAAGAACAAAAACGUAGUCAACACUUAUUGCAACGAAUGUUACCGAGGAGUGUUGCGCAGCAGCUACUGGAUGGACAGGAUGUUGUGCCAGAGUCUUUCCCAUCAGUGACCAUUUAUUUCUCAGACAUUGUUGGUUUCACGCGUAUUUCUGGGGAAUCUACCCCGAUGCAGGUUGUGGCGUUUUUGAACAAGUUAUAUACGAAGUUUGAUAGGAUUAUUCAGAAGUAUGAUGUCUACAAGGUAGAGACGAUAGGAGAUGCCUACAUGGUCGUGUCGGGUGUGCCUAACUUCAAAGAAACGCAGUUCCAUGCAAAGGAAAUAGCACUCAUGGCUUUGCGAUUAUUGCGUGCCGUGCGAAACUUCAAGAUUCCUCAUCGUCCAAGUGAACAACUAAUGCUGCGUAUUGGUAUUCAUACGGGAAGUUGUGUAGCCGGAGUAGUAGGAAAGACUAUGCCGAGAUACUGCUUGUUCGGUGACACGGUUAAUACAGCAAGUCGGAUGGAGAGCAAUGGAGAACCGCUUAAAAUUCACUGCUCUCAACCGACGCGAGAUGUUCUAUCAGCGAUUCCGGGUUUCAUCCUGGAAGAGCGAGGAACCCUGACAAUCAAGGGCAAGGGACCAAUGACCACGUACUGGUUACUAGAUGCGGAAGGUUACGAGUUUUCCGAUGACGAGGAAUCACGCGAAGAAGAGCCGAGCCUUGCACCGGAAAUAUUCCCGCGUAAUUCCACCUUCAGGACUAUGAGAGGGUCCGGAUUCGGUAAGUGA